GGGGAGACGUGAUGAAGAGGACGGCACAAGCUCAAGCACGCAGUGCACAGCGUAUAUAUGUCUGUGGUGCACAAGAGGAAGAUGAAGCGAUCAUUGACUUCCUGUGGACCAUGGCUUCAUCACCAGGGAAAGGUGAUCGGAAACCCCAAAGAAUACACUCCAAAGAAGGUCCCCCAGCACUUCCAGAGUCCUCUUUGACCUGGUGCCUGGCUCACCUCCACAAACCUGGAGCAGAACCUGAACAUCAGGCAGGGUCUGUAAACUGCAGAGAAACCGACAAGAGGUCCAAAAUGUCUCAGUGGCGAGCUCUGGUUGCCAUCAGGACACAACACAUCAAGGGGGACAAGGCUGGCAUCGCCAGGUUCAGAGGUCAAGGUGGUCUCCGUCCCCUGCUGGACCUGCUCAAACAACCCGAUUGCUCCAGGAAAACUCUGGACCUGGCUCUCAGCAUCCUGGCCAACUGCUGCACGGAGCUGCAGACUCGCAUAGAGGUCCGUAAGCUUCAAGGAGUAAACGUUGUAGUGGACAUCAUGAAGAGAAACGUAGCUGUGGAGUCGGUCCAGAACCGGGCAGCUCGGGCUCUGGGGAACCUGGCCAUGGAUCCAGAAAGCUCUGCACUCAUUCACGCUGCAGGUGGAGUUCCUCUUCUCCUUCUGUGUGUGUCCCUGCUGUCCGCCCCGUCGUCCCCCACGGCUUCGUCCUCUGUCCCCUGUCCCAAACUGGAGUGUGCUCAGUCGGCUGCUCGGGCCCUCCUCUACCUCUCAGACUCGCCCUCGAACCGCCUCUCGCUGCUCACCCAAGGCACCUUAUCCUCCCUGGCUCCCCUCAUCGCCCCUGAAUAUCCCCACGGGCUGCGGCGGGCAGCGCUCAGGGCCCUCCAUGAGCUGACCCGGGGUUGCGGCAUCGAAUGCGCCAAGGAGCUGUCCCGCUCCGGCGUCCUGGCUCAGCUCGGUGCCAUGGCGUUGGGGGAGUCUGAUGAACCUCUGGAAGAGCUGGCGCUGAAAACGAUGGCUAACGUGUGCUCUCAGGGCUGCAUGCGGCCUCUCGUCGGAUCCCUGGGCGUCAUUCAGAAAUUCACAGAGGAGGUGAAAAAGGAUUUGCUGAAGUCCGGAGUCUUUUUUAAGGCUCUGUGUUUGUGCUGUAAGGAGGCGGUGAACCGGGCCAAGGUGAAAGAGAGCGGUGGGCUGGAGGUGCUCAUCAAAUUUUUGUCCUCUCAUCAGAGUCAUCCACUGUCCAGGCUGGCCAUUCUGGCCUGCGUGGACUUUGUUUUUGACGAGUCCGCCAUGGAACAGCUGCAGGAGUUCGGGCUGGUUCCUCUUCUUGUAGCACGGCUCGUCAAACUCACCAGAGGGGAGGACAGGGUGGACGCCAGCGUCCCCUCCAACAUGUCUCCUAGUGAGCUCCUGCCCUCCUCGGGGUUGGAGUCGUUUGAUUUUCCCCCUCCGGAGGGAUUCAAGAGGGAGCAGGGUUCAUCGAGCUUUUUAAGUCUCAGGUCCUGGUUGCUGUCAGAGGGCUUGAUCUCUUCUGAGGGGGAGCUGCUGGAUUGUUCCGGUGUGGACGCAGACUGGGGCAGUCCUCAGGCCCCAGCGGCUUCGUCCCCUCAAACCUCCUCCCCAAACCCGUACUCCAGUUCUGCUCUUAAAAACUCGUCUUCGUCCAGCUCUUCAGUUCCUUCUAAAAAGGCAGCUGUGUCCUCCUCCUCUUCCUCCUCCUCAGGGAGCAUCACAGAUCCACCUCCAACCCGACACGGUUCCUCCUCCUGCUCCUCUCCUGAUGAUCUAACCCAAACGCCUGUUCCGCCAACGAAGUUCUCCUCCCCACAGAAGAGGAGAAGAGCUCAGUCGGCAGCUUCCACGACUCAAGUCACUCUUGAAAGUCCUCCUCCUGCUCCUCGCCCGGCUGCCUAUCAGCACCCGUACCACCCUGAACCCUGGACGUCCGAGUCCCCCAUCCUGCUGCUGCUGUCCCGGUUCUCCCACGCCAGCGACCCCAGCGCCGCUCUGAUCAGCUCUGGUGUUGUGUCCGGCCUGCUCUUCUACCUCACUCAGCAUCACGACCCCAGCAGCAGGUGCUUCCGUCUGCUCGGCCGUUUGAGCUGCAACCCAAACUGUCUGCAGCCGCUGGUUCGAACGGGGUCUGUGUCGCUGAUUCGCCACCACCUCUGCCUGAGAGACGACCGGUCCGAGGGCCCGGGGAGGCAGACGGCCAGAGUGAAAGCUAAAGUUAAACAGCUGGGCGACACUCUGCUGACUAAUCUGCGUGUCCAGUGCGAGUCUGGGUUCGGUUCUGGCGUUCUUGCGCACGUGAUGCUGUCGGGUUCAGAGUCCGACAAGAUGAACUGCUCGCUGUCGUUGCCGCUCAUCAGCAGCAACAAGUCCCUGUUGAGGAAGCUGCUUCUGGAUAGCGGCGGUCUGCGUUUGGCUCUUCAGCCUCUUGGCUGUGAUGAUGACGAUGAUGAUGAUGAAGAGGAGGAUGAAGAGGGCGACGCCCACUGUGGAGGGCUCCUUUCUGACUUGUUUAAUCCUCCUCGUCCAGGUGUGACAACUCCGCUACAUUCUUUAUAUUUCUCCCUCCUGACCGAAUGCCUGUCUGCUCUGAUGAGUACCGUUAAAACGGACCGGGUCAAGCAGAACUCCGACCCAGUCGCAGUCAGUGAGACCGACGGAGAUUCCCCCCCACCAGUAAAAAAGCCCCGCCUCACUGACACGUGUCCCUACGAAGACUCUGACUUGGACCUGGUUCUGCUGCUUGACGAUGGGACCCAGGUCCGAGCCAACAGGGAGGCUGUGGCUGGAGCGGAGGGCGCGGCCGGUUCUGGUUCUGAAUACUUCCGAGCUCUGCUGAGGGGCGGGUUCGGAGAAGCUCGGGGCGGCGCAGAAGAAGCCAUCUGCAUCAAAGAUGUCAGCGCAGGUGCGUUACUUCCUGUGCUGCAUUACCUGCACGGAUGUCGCCUCGGCGGAGCCCCACGGUGCCACACGUUGGACUCUCUGGUCCGGAAUGGACCGGUUGCCUGCCAGAACAGAACCACGGCGCGCUCCGCUGAGGACUUCCAGAAAGCACCUUUGGGUGAAGCGAUGAUCGGCGCCUGCAGGUUCUUGGUAAACGAGCUGCAGAGGGAGCUGGAGGACGUCGUCGUGUCGUUCCUCACGGCCUCGGACCGCCGCGAACCGGCGUCCACAGGAGACGGCGCCGAAAGAUCCGAGUCCAAAAUGGACCAAGAGCGCAGAGAACCCGCAGAGGAGGGCCUGGAGACGCUGUCGGAGCUGAGCGGACGGGCGAGAAAACUCAAAACGCUCCUGCAGCAAACGGAGAGCAAAACCGCGUCUUUAGCCGGAACGAUCCAGGAAGUCAUCACCGGACUGAACUCGGGUUUGGACGAGAACACGAUCAGAAAAGUGAUUUCUGAUUCCAAACCGGUCCUCGCGUCCGUGAACAGAGAGAAACCUCCAGGACCCAAGAACUUGACGAGAUUCGCUUCCUCCUCAGAAACCGCAGCUGGGAGCGAAGUCCUGGCCGCGCUGCUGCCCCAGUUGUACUGGUUCUCCCAGCGUUACAGCUACCCGUCCCUGGGCCGGGCCUGCCUGUCUCUGCUGCUGGGACGUCAGGACCGUCCUCGGGCGUUUUCGUCCUCCGUGGCUGCAGAUUGCCUUCGCAGGCUGGCCCGAGAGGCGGACUGUAGGGAGACCCUGAAGCAGGAUCUGCUGAGCCUGGUCUCUGGGGCUCUAAGCUGAAUCAAGACUUUAAACCCGGGGGCCUCCAGUCCUGGUCCAGUCCUCGAGGACCGGGACUGGACGCCCCUGAACUACUCGUUGACUGAAUCAAACGGCAGAGCUACGCUGAGCUCCUGCAGCUGCCAUCGUCUUUAUUUUUACUCAUUUGCCUGAAAAAAACACGUAUAAAUUUAUUUAACGCAAAUUUAUUUUCACCGUUUCGAAACACUUUAAAGUUUUGAUGGAAAACUUUGAUUAAAACGUUGAUUUUCUUUUUUUUAAAUUUGUAAUUUUAUUUGGAAAGCGUUAAAGCGAAUGGGAAAACGUGCCGUAGCUGGAUCCAUCGGUUGUCUUUAGUUGUUUAUUUUGUACAUAGAGAUGAUUUAAAACGGCAGACUGUCCUGUUUAAAUUUAUGCCACUAAAUAUAUUGUUCGAACAUCACUUCACUGGUUUUGUCG